AUGCAGAAGGAAGUGAAAAAAUAUUCCGGCAGCUCCUUAGAGCUGAGUUCAAGCGGCCAUGACUCGGCAGAGUCAUCAGAGAAACGUCUCAACGUCGAGGAGAGUCAGGAGGGAAUUAAGCGAUUCUCCACCGAUGUAGUCGAAAACUGCCAAGGUGGUAGCGAAUCUGAAGCUGAAACUGAUGUCAAGAUCGUCAAAGACAGAGGUGUUCAUAGGGUGGAGGCUCUCAUGAAAAUUCUUUACGCUACCAAGAAUGGUCUCCAAGUGAGAACCAUCUUAGGAGUUUCCAUCCUUUUAUGUGCUUGGGCUUCGUCUUUAGACAUGCAGGUUACCAACAGCAUGGCGCCAUGGGCCACUUCCGCUUUUAACAAGCACUCUAUGGGUCUUGGAGCUCUUGCAAUUGCUGAUAGAAUUAUCAGUGCUGUUUCGAGACCAGUUUGGGCUCAGAUUGCCAAUAUUAUAUCUCGUCCUUUCACGUAUUUGAUCUCCAUAAUCUUUUAUGUCCUUGGCUACAUCAUUGUUGCUUCGAGUCACACGAUAUCUGCUUACAUAGUGGGAAGUGCCCUUGCUGCAACAGGAAGCUCCGGCGUUGGGUUCUUAAACAGAGUUAUCGUCGCUGACAUGACGACUUUAAAAUGGAGGGGGCUUGCUACUGAACUUUUAUCGGCUCCAAAUAUUAUAAACAUUUGGUACGCAGGCUAUAUUGUUAAGGAUUUGGGCUCUGGAAGCUGGAGAUGGGGCUAUGGAAUGUUCUGUAUAAUUAUGCCCGUCGUUCUUGCUCCAGCCACAAUUCUCAUGUUCCACUACGAGAGAAAGGCUCACAAGGAGCUCGACAGAGAAGAAAUCACCAAGUAUAAAGAGAACGUUGGCUUCAAAAAAAACUGGAAAAAACUCACUUGGAGAGUCAUUGCUGAAGUUGACCUACUCGGUCUACUUCUUUUGGGAUUCUCUUUUUCAUUACUUUUGUUACCAUUUUCUUUGUACAGAGGUGCAGAAAAGCAGUGGAGAAACCCCAGCUUGAUUGCCAUGUUUAUUGUCGGUGGAAUCCUCUUUUUUUUCUUCAUCAUUUAUGAGUUCAAAUACGCCUCCUAUCCAAUUCUUCCCAAAAGAUGUUUCAACCGUACCCUUGUGUCAGCAAUCGUUGUUAGUUUUAUGUUCCAAGUUGCCGGCAGGAUCAUUGCCCUUUACGAAUCAUCCUACGCUUUAAUCGUCAAGGACUGGGACGACCAAUAUUGGACUUACUACAACAAUGCAAACACAAUGGCUAUUUGUGUGUUCGGCAUCGUGUCUGGAAUUUGCAUGCGUAUCACUCGUACAUACAAGAGCUACCAAUAUUUGGGGAUAAUAUUGUGUAUGAUUGGAGCAGGUAUCAUGAUAGAGGGCAGAAACACUAGUACCAAAACGGUGACGAUGGUGUGGUCGAGCAUUCUUCUUGGUAUGGGUAACGGCUUUAGUGCUCCUGGAACAAGCGUCGCGUUGCAAGCAUCUAUUCCUCAUGGAGACUUAGCAGUGUGCAUCUCGUUUUUGUUGUUGACAUCUUCCAUCGGUGCUUCAUUAAGUUCGGCAAUCGCCACCGCUAUUUGGCAAGCGAAAAUGGAGGAUGCUUUGAGGAAAUACAUGCCUGCAACCGUAUCGGACCAGCAAGUGAGAAAAUUCUUUCUCAACAUAGUUGCCCUCCGCAAGUUACCCUUUGACAGUGAGAUAAGACAGGCUGGAAUCAAAGCCUACAGAGAGGUCAACUUUUAUUUCUAUCCUAUCUCCAUCGGAUUGCAGGUUAUACGUCUUGUCGCCGUAUACUUUCAGAGAAGCUAUUACCUUGGCGACAAUCACAAUGCUGUUGAGGACGAGAACGGCAUUCCAAUUCCAAAUGAGGAGAGGAGAAUGAACGAGUCUCCCAUUGUGAGCAACGAGAAGACAAUUACUUGGAAGCAGAAGCUUGCUCGUAUUUUCUGA